AUGGACAACGGCAAGGUUCGGUUAGGUUACAACACAAUAGGUUUUAAUGACUGCAGUUCUCUAUAUAAUUUCAUUCUGCAUUGCUGUGACAGUGACAGUGACAUGUAUCUGGACGUGAAGGCAGCCGAGGCCGGCGCCAGGACCUCCAAGACGCACAAGCGGGGCCUGCACGGCCUCAUCGGGGACCCCUACCACUUCGACCUCCACCACGAACACCACGGCCACCACCACGGCGUGUUCCUGGGCGAGCCCCACGUCGAGAGCGUGGUCAUCACCAAGGAGGUCCCCGUCGGCAUCCCGCAGCCGUACGCCGUCCCCGUGGUGAAGCACGUGCCCGUGCCCGUCAAGGUCCACGUGGCCGUGCCCGUGGACAGGCCGGUCCCCGUGCACGUCAUCAAGCCCUACCCCGUGCACGUGGACAGGCCCGUGCCCUACGCCGUGGAGAAGCACGUCCCCUACCCCGUGCACGUCCCCGUCAAGGUGCCCGUCGCCGUGCCCGCGCCCUACCCCGUCGUCAAGCACUACCCCGUGCACGUGGCCGUCGAGAAACCCGUCGCCGUGCCGCACCCCGUGCCCGUGUACAUCAAGGAGCACGACCACCACCACCACCACUACCCCGAGCUGCACCACCACUACCCCGAGGUGCACCACCACCAGGAGAUCCUGCACCACGGCCACCACGACCACUACGGCCACGACCACGCGUCGUCGUACAGCUACAGCCACUUCAGCCACCACAUGGUGAUGCUGUUGGUGGCGGUGGCGGCGGCGGCCGCGGAGGACGUCGAGAAGGACACGAAGUCGAGCAGCAAGGAGAAGCGCGGCGUGUUCGGCCUCGGCUACCCGGGACUCCACGGCCACUACGCCUACGCGCCCCUGCACCACGCGCCAGUGCACCACGUGCCAGUGCACCACGUCAUCAAGGAGGUGCCCGUCGGAGUCCCGCACCCGGUGCCCGUGCCCGUCAUCAAGCACGUAGCCGUGCCCGUCAAGGUGCCGGUGGCCGUGCCCGUGGAUAGGCCCGUCCCCGUGCCCGUCAUCAAGCCCUACCCCGUGCACGUGGACCGGCCCGUGCCCUACGCGGUGGAGAAGCCCGUGCCCUACCCGGUGCACGUCCCCGUCAAGGUGCCCGUCGCCGUGCCCGCGCCCUACCCCAUCAUCAAGCCCUACCCCGUGCACGUGGCCGUCGAGAAACCCUACCCCGUGCACGUCCCCGUCAAAGUGCCCGUGCUCCACGACUACCAUCACCACCACCAUCUCGACCACCAUUUCGACCACCAUCACCACCACUUUUCCCAGUCGCGAAUCUGGUCGUGUCAGUGUAGGGUGUGUGUCCAGCAGCGUCUCGCCAUGCGUCUGCUGAUUGUUCUAGUGCUGGCGGCGGCCGUGCUGGCCGAGGACGUGACCCCCACCAAGAAGGACAAGCGCGGGCUGAGCAGCCUGGACCUGGGCGGCCUGGAGCUCGGGGGGUACGGCCACAGCAGCCUCGACCUCGGCCCCAGUCUGGGCCACGGCCUCGACCUGCCCGGCCUCUCGUACGGCCACGGCGCCAUCAUCGGGGAGCCCCGGGUGAAGAGCAUCCUCAUCGAGAAGGAGGUCCCCGUCGGCAUCCCCGCGCCCUACGCCGUCCCCGUCGUGAAGCACGUGCCCGUGCCCGUCAAGGUGCCGGUGGCCGUGCCCGUGGACAGGCCCGUGCCCGUGCCCGUCAUCAAGCCCUACCCCGUGCACGUGGACCGCCCCGUGCCCUACCCGGUGGUCAAGCCCGUGCCCUACCCGGUCAAGGUGCCCGUCAAGGUGCCCGUCGCCGUGCCCGCGCCCUACCCCGUCAUCAAGCACGUGCCCUACACCGUGCCCGUGGAGAAGCCCUACCCCGUGCCCGUCAAGGUGCCCGUCUACAUCAAGGAGCACGACAGCUACGGCCACGACUACGGCCACUACCUGUAAAGUACAAUCUGUGAGGAGUCAUCGUCUUGUUGCCAUUUCCAUUAGUCGUAUCGUGUGUAAAUAAAAGUCAUCGUCCCACUUCCCCCAA